AUGUGUGGCGAUUCCCGCCGUAAUUCCCAUCCACCCCUCCCCCUCUACCCUCCUCCCACUCCCUCCGCGGCGGCAGCAGUCGUAACGCACGGCAGUCCCCCUUCUUCCGCGACCUCGCUUCCCCAAUCCCGUCCCACCACGGCGUCUCCCGCUUCACCUCGGGCGCGUCCCCCGCUGCCGCCCCCGCCCAUCUUCACCCUCGACGACCGCGUCUCCGCAGCUGACUUCUCCCCUGACCCCACCGCCUCCAACCUCCUCCCCGUCGUGCCUUCCCCUUCCCCCCGCGCCACCGCCAGCCGCUCGCCAUCAUGGGACCCAUCCCCAUCCCCACCCGCCGUCGCCGCGCAACCAGCCACGCCAGCGCGCUCAUCCCUCCUGUCAAAUCCCUAA